AUGGUGGUCGGUAAUCGACUUGGCGUGUGUCCAACGUGCACUUUGGUCGUGGUCACCACCCAGCAACCGACCAGGGAAGUGGGAGACUGGUUCAAUUAUCCCAACGAGAAAAUCAUUGCGCAACUUAUCGACGUCCAGGAUGAUGUCAAGAACAAGAACCGGCAGGGCAAGGCGACUAUCAACAUGAGUUUUAACUGCGGCGGAGAGCUUUGCAAGGGAUACUACUGUGAUCUGCACCCGGAGAUUCCUCAUCCCCCGGAUUACUAUGAUCCCAAGGACCCGAAGAACCCUCAUGGCCAGCCCCCGGCGCCUCCUAAGCCAACAUCGACGACGACCGGCAGCCCCCCAACAAAGACGCCAGAGCCCCCCGAAGGAACAUUCCCAUUAGACCUCUGUGUUGGCUCCACCGUGACGCCCUCCGGGCAACACCCCGUUUACUCCUAUAGCGCCUAUGGGGCGGGCGCCCACUGCUACGGUGUCUUCAUCGUCGACGGCAAUAUUGGCUCCUCCCCGACAUCUGCGACGCGCCCAAUAACAACUUCGCCCUCGAUCAAUGCGGCACCGACAUGA